AUGGCCCGCAGCGAGGAAGUGGCACGGAGCGAGGAGAUAACCGGGAGCCAGGAGGUAGCUCGGACCGAGGCCGUGGCCGAAAGCGAGGACAUAGCGACGGCUGGGAUCCUGGUGACCAUCACUCACAGCAACGAGAAGUAUGACAUUAAUGUUAGCCCACAGCAGGGCACUGGCGAACCAGUUGUCCAAGACGUGGCCCAGCUUGUUGAAGAAGCCAUAGGAGUUCCAGUGUCUUCUCAGAAACUGAUAUUUAAGGGAAAAUCUCUAAAGGAUAUGGAACAGCCCUUGUCAGCACUUGGAAUACAAAAUGGAUGUCGGGUCAUGCUAAUUGGGAAAAAGGACAGAUCAGCGGAAGAGGUUGAAUUAAAGAAGUUGAGAAUUUUGGAAAAAGCUGUGGAGAAGAAAAAUAUAUAUUAG